AUGGAAGAACAAUGCGUGGCAACCACUGUUGUCCCAUUAGUUGAAGAGGUCGGUGUACCAGCCGAGCAAAGAUCUACCGAGGAGUUAAUACGAUUUCUAAUCCCCGAUGGCGACGGAAGAUAUUUUUUAGUUGGGAGUUCUUUGGGCAUGGCCGAACGAAAGGAGAUGUGUGACUUCCUGAUGCGAAAUAUAAAAGUAUUUGCUUGGACUCUGCAAGAAAUGCCGGGUGUGGAUCCCACAUUCGCCGUGCACGCAUUGAAUGUCGAUCCCAGUAAGCGACCGAUGGUGCAGAAAGUUCGACGCUCGUCCGCCGCACACGUCGAAGCCGUAAUGACAGAGGUGGAUCAACUGUUAAAGGCUGGUGCCAUUCGGGAAGUUUUAUAUCCCACCUGGCUUGCCAAUCCAGUGGUUGUGCCGAAGAAGAAUGGAAAGCUACGGGUUUGUGUUGAUUACACAAACCUCAAUGACGCCUGUCCUAUGGAUCGAUUUCCCCUCCCUCGGAUUGAGCAGAUGGUGGAUGCAACAGCAGGAUGCGAACACCUUAGCUUUAUGGACACAUACCGGGGCUAUCAUCAGAUAGCUUUGGCUCCGAAAGAUCAAGAGAACACGGCCUUUAUCUCUCCUCGGGGAACUUACUGCUACAAGGUCGUGCCGUUCGGCCUGAAGAAUGCUGGUGCAACCUCCAACGCUCCAUCACAAAUAUGUUUCCUGUUGCGCCUCAAUGCAGAGAAGUGUGCGUUUGGUGUAAGCUUAGGGAAGUUCCUUGGUUACAUAGUAAGCCGCCGAGGAAUCGAAGCUAAUCCCACACAGAUCUUGGCCGUGCAGAAUCUCCGAGCUCUGACCAUUAUAAAAGAGGUACAACGACUUACAGGAAUGGUGGCUGCUCUGAACCGUUUCAUCCAACGUUUGGGCGAUCUUUGCCAUCCAUUUUUUCGAGUAAUUACGAUUAGCCGACGCAAAUUUGUAUGGACCGGAGAGUGCGAGCAGGCUUUGCAAUCUUUAAAGCAAUACCUGUCCCAUGCUCCUUUGCUCGUCAAGCCCCUUCCCGACGAAGAUUUAUAUCUUUACCUUGCUGUUUCGGAUCAUGCUAACAGCGCGGUUCUUGUUCAAAAAGAAGGGAUGGAGCAUCAACCAAUCUUCUACUCAAGCAAAACGAUGAUGGAUUCUCAGACGAGACGAGGCCAAUGCUUGGCCACCGCUGCGGAAGAAGCUCGGAUUCAGGACAAAGAAGUUUUGGAAGAACCAUGUAGCCGUCCCACGGAACCCCUCCGCGCUCGGGACACCCUGGGACACAAGAAACUGAAGCGGCAAUGGAGGCUCUUCUCUGGCGAUGCCUGGCGAAUGACCGUCGAUGGAGCCUCUAAUGUUCACGGGGCUGGAGCGGGCAUCGUCCUUGUAUCUCCGAGCGGGACUGUGCAUGAAAGCGUGGUUUCGAUUGGGUACCCAGCGACGAACAACGAAGCAGAAAAUGAAUCUCUGAUUGCAGGCCUCCAACUUGCUCUUCUGCUUGAUGCAGAUUCGGUUCACAUCUUUUGUGACUCUCAGCUUAUUGUGGGUCACUUGAACGACGAUUAUCAAGCAAAAGACCAGCGUAUGAAUGCUUACGUCAGCCACGUAUUGGUCUUGUUCCAAAGAUUUGGCCGAGUGGAAGUGGAAUGGAUCGCUUGGGAGCACAAUGCGCAUGCUGACGCCCUGGCAGGUCUUGCUUCGGUAUAUCGGACCUCGGGCAGUCGCACUAUUGUCUUCGAUGAAGUCGCAAAGCCGAGCUUCGAGCAGCCAUGCCAACUAGUAAUGGCGAUUUCCCUCGGUCCAAGUCAACUAGAUCCAGUAAUUGAUUAUCUGAAGAACCAGGUGUUACCACCGAACAAACGCGACGCAUACAAAAUCCGUUGCCGAGCAACAAAUUUUUUCCUGGAUCCAAACGACAACCUCUACCGACGGACUUUCACUGGCCCUGAUUUGCGUGUCGUCCAUGAAGACCACGUGAAGACUGUUCUGGAGGAACUCCACUCGGGUAGCUGUGGGGCGCAUUUCGGAGGACGGUCCCUUGCACAGCGUGCGCUGACACAGGGCUAUUGGUGGUCGAAGAUGGUUAAACAGUCGGAGGAGUACGUGAAGCGGUGUGUUCGGUGCCAGCUGCAUGUGUCUCUCAUCCACCAGCCUGCCUUUCCCCUUAAAAUGAUCAUUAGUCCAUGGCCAUUCGCGGUUUGGGGUUUUGACAUAGUGGGCAAGAUGCCAAAGGCACCUGGAGGAUUUGAGUAUAUGCUCACAGUCACAGAUUUAUUCACUAAGUGGGUUGAAGCUUCCCCCUUGGUCAAGACCACCGCAGGCGACGUGGAACGUUUUAUUUGGAAGCAUAUCAUCUCACGGUUCGGCGCCGAAGCUUCAAACAAGACAAUCACUCGGGGGUUUAAGCGCCGUUUGGAUCGAAAACUCGAUAAAUGGGUGGAAGAGCUUCCACACGUUUUAUGGGCCUACCGUACUACCCCUCGGCGGUCUACCGGCCAUACCCCAUUUGCUAUGGCCUACGGUAUGGAAGCUGUCCUCCCCUUGUCUACUAUGAUUCCAACAGCCCGAACAGAAAAUUUUAAACCUGUGGAUAAUAAUGCUCUUGUGGGGUCCGAGUUAGACUUUGCCGAAGAACUUCGUGAUAAUACUAACCUUCGGCAUGCGGCGUAUCAGCAAGAAGUAGCCAGGGGCUACAACUGA